CCAAAACCAAAAUCAAAAAGCGAAGGAAGAGGAGAGGAGAGGAGAAUCCCUUCCUCCUUCCUUCCCUAAUCUCCUCUGCUUCCAGUCCAAUCCGCAUCUCCUCCUCCUCCUCCUCGCCAUUGCUCGCUCGUCUAGCCGAGGCCGAGGUGUUGCGGCCACUGAGUACCAAGGACGAUGCUUGUGUUUCUAUUUAGAUGAUAUAAGCUGUCUUCUGGCACAUCACAAUUGCUAGGGAGGAAUGAAAAUCAGCGGACUUCUUACCUCUGCUGGCAUCAACAUUGGCCUUUGUGUGCUUUUUCUAUCGCUCUAUUCUGUUCUGAGAAAACAGCCAGCUAAUGUCAGGGUUUACUUUGGGAGGAGGAUUGCUCAGGAGCAUAAUCGUCUCCGAGAGGCUUUUAUCUUGGAGAGAUUUGUACCAUCAACUGGCUGGAUAGUAAAAGCCCUGCAGUGUACUGAGGAAGAGAUCUUGGCUGCUGCUGGGCUGGAUGCUGUUGUUUUCAAUAGAAUUCUAGUAUUCAGCAUACGCAUCUUUUCCUUAGCUGCCCUUCUGUGUGUGUUUGGAAUUCUACCCCUGAAUUACUUUGGGCAAGAUAUACAUCAUGUUCGGAUCCCUUCAGAGUCAUUGGAUAUCUUUACAAUUGGGAAUGUGGAAGUUAGAUCAAGAUGGCUUUGGGUCCAUUGUGUAGCCCUGUACAUAAUAUCAGGAGUAGCUUGCAUUCUCCUAUAUCUUGAGUACAAGCACAUUGCUAGGCUGAGGCUCCGUCAUCUUACUUGUGCAAUGCCCAAUCCAAGCCAUUUUACUGUCCUUGUUCGUGGAAUACCAAAGGCAACCAAAGAAUCAUGCAGUAACGCUGUUGAUGAUUUCUUCACCAAGUACCAUGCAUCAAGCUACUUGUUCCAUCAAGUUGUCUACAAAGUUGGAAAAGUUCAGAAGAUAAUGACCGGUGCAAAGAGGGCAUACAAGAAGUUCAAACAUUUUACGGAUGCUACUGUUGAUCAGAGCUGUAAAGCAAUUUCAUACCGGUGUUGUCUGUGUGGAGCUUCAUCUAAUUCUUUCCAGCUGUUGCCAACUGGGCUUGAGCAGAAUCAGGGGAAAUCUGACCUUCAAGAUUCCAGCUUUAAAUUAGAUGAUCAGGAAUGUGCAGCUGCUUUUGUAUAUUUCAGAACUCGAUAUGCUGCCCUUGUUGCCUCAGAAAUACUUCAAACAUCUAACCCUAUGAAAUGGGUUACUGAUCUAGCUCCAGAACCAGAUGAUGUCUAUUGGUCAAAUCUUUGGCUACCUUAUAAGCAGCUUUGGAUUCGCCGAAUAGCUACCCUCCUAGGUUCAAUUGUUUUUAUGUUCUUGUUUCUGAUACCAGUGACAUUUAUACAAGGACUAUCUCAGCUAGAGCAGUUGCAGCAGAAGCUUCCUUUCCUAAAGGGGAUAUUGGAGAAGAGAUACAUGAGCCAGCUUGUAACUGGGUACCUUCCCAGUGUCAUACUGCAAAUAUUUCUAUACACAGUUGCACCGAUAAUGAUAUUAUUUUCUACAUUAGAGGGACCUAUAUCUCACAGUGAAAGGAAGAGGAGUGCUUGCUGUAAAGUGCUUUACUUCACUGUUUGGAACGUAUUCUUUGUAAAUGUACUAUCUGGUACUGUCAUAAGCCAAUUGAAUGUGUUAUCAAGCCCAAAGGACAUCCCUGUCCAGCUUGCUAAAGCUAUACCUGGUCAGGCUACAUUCUUUAUCACCUAUGUUCUAACUUCAGGAUGGGCCAGUUUAUCAUCUGAAGUUAUGCAAUUAUUUGGUUUGAUAUGGAACUUUCUGAGGAAAUAUAUUUUACGAAUGAGAGAAGACACAGAGUUUGUUCCCUCAUUCCCUUAUCACACAGAAGUGCCAAAAGUAAUGCUAUUCGGACUACUGGGCUUCACAUGUUCUGUACUGGCACCUUUGAUCUUACCCUUUCUACUAGUGUACUUCUUCCUUGGUUAUGUUGUGUACCGCAAUCAGUUGCUCAAUGUUUACCGCACAAGAUAUGACACAGGGGGGUUGUACUGGCCAAUCGCACACAACACAGUGAUAUUCUCUCUCGUGCUCACCCAGAUUAUCUGCCUUGGUGUAUUUGGCCUUAAAGAAUCGCCAGUAGCUGCAGGCUUCACUGUACCUCUUAUCAUCCUUACUCUGCUAUUCAAUCAGUAUUGCAGAAACCGACUUCUCCCAUUAUUCAAAACUUCCCCAGCACAGGAUUUAAUUGACAUGGACAGGGAAGACGAGCGGUCAGGAAGAAUGGAUGAAAUUCACCGUCGGCUUCAUUCUGCCUAUUGCCAGUUCCAUGACUCUGAAGAUGUAUCCUUGGAGAAAAUUCAGAUUGUUGGCAGGGAUGAGGAUCAAGGGUGUAGCUCUGGUAAGUCGAACGGAAAAGAAACAUGUGAGGAGGAACCCAAAGUGGAGUUAUCUCACCCAACACUGAACGGACUCCCAGUUAGCCGUCUGCGGCAUGCUGUGAGGUCAAUUACUUUCCUUGUCAGAUUGCAGAAAAGAGGUUUAUCAGAAUAGGAUAGGAUAAUAUCUAACCACUAACCCCCUUCAUCUGUUGCCUGUUCGGCCAUGAAAAUGUACAGCCACAUACAUUGAGAUAGCAUCAUGAUACCUGGAGUGCAAUUUUGGUGUUUUGAUCCGUUUGAUUUCUGAGUUAGUGACUCCAGGACAUGCUAGUUAGUAUAUUGGCGCCUUAGCCAUGCAUAUAUUGUUGUAGUGGUCAGUAAUUCUUUUUACAUGAAAUCUAUGUUUCACUAUUUUGUGAUAAUUCUUUUUACUAUAGUAGUAUAUAUCUUUAAGCUCUACUGUUUCUCGAAAGGAAUAAAGAGUGGUAGUGCAUCUUUAAGCCAGUGCAUAAAACUUUUU